UUAACAUGGCUGGUCUUGAUUUAGGCUAUGUUCAUCAUCAACUUCAUAGACAUGACCUUCAUCUUCAACACCAAUCUGAACAUGAAGACCACCUUACCGGUGGCGGAAGCGGCGGUGGAUCAGCCGAUGACUUGAUGAACACAGGUCAUAAUGAUCUUGUUGCUCGUAGACCAAGGGGUCGUCCACCUGGUUCCAAAAACAAGCCUAAACCACCAGUUAUUAUCACCAGAGAAAGUGCAAACACCCUUAGAGCUCACAUUCUUGAAAUUGGCAACGGCUGUGAUGUAUUCGAUUGUAUAGCCAACUAUGCUCGGAGACGACAAAGGGGUAUCUGUAUAUUAUCCGGCAGUGGUACGGUCACCAACGUCACCAUUAGACAACCAUCAGCAACUGGUUCUGUGGUUACCCUUCAUGGUAGAUUCGAGAUUUUAUCACUUUCCGGUUCGUUUCUACCACCGCCAGCUCCACCCGGUGCCACGAGUUUGACCAUCUUUUUAGCCGGUGGUCAAGGACAAGUUGUAGGUGGAAACGUAGUUGGUGAACUUAUGGCAGCUGGACCUGUUAUCGUCAUAGCUUCAUCCUUUACAAAUGUAGCUUAUGAAAGAUUACCUUUAGAAGAAGAUGACGGUGGUGGAAACGGCGGUGCAAACGGCGGUGGAAAUGGAAAUAACAUGUUUGCUGAUCCAGGUUCUACUACACAACAAGGUGGGUUACCUUUCUUUAAUUUGCCACUUAAUAUGCCUCCUAAUGUUCAAUUACCAGUUGAAGGAUGGCCUGGAAAUUCCAGUGGUAAUAGACCUCCAUUUUGAGAGCUUGUCAUUUAUGGUGGAUCAUAAAAAGGUCAGCAAAAUUUCAUGGGAACUAGUUUAUGUUCAUCUUAUGUUGAAUGUUAAUUUUAGGGUAUUUUUAGGCUUUCUUUUUGGGGGAUUUUUGGAAUCUAUGAUUUAAGGAAAAUAGUUUCUUUCUUGUUGAUGAUAUGGAACAAUUAACUUUCUUGCUAUAAGAAAAAAAAAUGGUUUGAUAUUA